AAAGGUGCUGCCGAUAUAGAAGCGCUUUUUAAAUUGUAAAACAAAGGUCGUUCUUUGCUCAUGGCGAUCGUAAUAAGAACUACGCUUCCCAGCAUGUUCAGCGCUCACGGGGGCGCGGCAUACACGACGCCAACGCUCAAUUUCCCGUCAUGCCCCGGGAAGCCUUUUUUUUUGUUUUUUUGUUUUUCUCCUUUCCCGCUGCAGUUUGAAAGCGCCGGCAACCAUCAUGUUUCUCGGGGAAGCAAAACGGCGGGUCCCGCCGGGCCUCGAGUUGUACUUGAAAGAGAACCGUCUCGCCACGUUUACUGAGUGGCCCUUCGUCUCCGACUGUUCCUGCACUGCGGACAGGAUGGCUGAAGCUGGAUUCAUUCACUGUCCUAUUGAAAAUGCUUCUGAUGUGGCACAAUGUUUUAUAUGCUUUAAAGAAUUAGAGGGAUGGGAACCUGAUGAUGAUCCCAUGGAAGAGCACCGUAAACACUCUCCCAAGUGUGCAUUUCUUGCUCUACAGAAAGACAUUUGUGACCUGACAAUACAGGAAUUUAUGAAACUUCGUAAAGAGAGGAUGAACAAUUUGAUUGAAACAGAAAUUAAGCACACAAUUAUCGAGAUGGAGAAAUAUGCUAACCUGAUCCGUGAAAAAAUAGAUGAUCUGCGUUCUAUAUGCCAUUAGAUGAUGUGGGCUUUUUGAGUGUCUAAAUGGUAUUGAGCAAAAUCAAAAGUUGAAUUGCUCAAAGUCUGCUGUUCAAGUUUAUGUUAAGUUUCUUUGUAGUUACUUAUUAUGGAAUUUCUUCUGAUGCAUUUAUGAAUAAAUGCUCCUUUUUAUAAAAUACCAUGUUUACCAUGUUUUAAUAGUUUCUUGGGCA